AUGGCUCGUACGAAGCAAACCGCUAGAAAGUCCACCGGAGGAAAAGCUCCAAGGAAGCAGCUCGCCACCAAGGCGGCGAGGAAAUCUGCGCCAACCACAGGUGGAGUGAAGAAGCCUCAUCGUUACCGUCCCGGAACAGUGGCUCUUCGUGAGAUAAGGAAGUACCAGAAGAGUACAGAGUUCAAUCUUGUUCGUGAGAUUGCUCAGGACUUUAAGACUGAUCUGAGGUUUCAGAGCCACGCUGUCUUAGCUCUUCAGGAAGCUGCGGAGGCUUAUCUUGUUGGUCUGUUCGAGGACACUAAUCUUUGUGCCAUUCAUGCUAAAAGGGUUACUAUUAUGCCCAAGGAUAUUCAGUUGGCUAGAAGGAUUCGUGGAGAACGUGCUUAA